AUGAGCAAGGACGAUUCCACAGAGGAAAUGCAGGCUGCCUUUCAGCAAUUCAUGCUGAGCGGUGGCACAUCCAAGCAAGCGAACAGCACGAGUGGCAAGAAAAAGAAAAAGGGACGGAACCCCCCACAGAAUCCCACCAACAAUAAGAAUACACCCAAGAAAUUGUUUGACCACGGUUCUCCAACAACGAAUCGAUCCGUGCAGCAACAGCAAAAAGUACGAAAACAAUUGUGGCAAAUUUUGAAUGCCUUUCGUAAAUGCCUUCAAGAAGAUUGGCUGGAUGUGGAUGAUCAUUGCGGUCAAGUGAUUGCAUCGAUUGUCAAUCUACGAGAACGCAUUCGUUUGAACAGCCAACAAUUGUGGGUAUUCCGGGAAUACGGACCUGCCAAAGUCCCCAACUCACAGUAUGGAUAUCGAAGCACAUUAUACGCCAAUAAUAAGGAGGAUGCCGUACUCGGUUUUUUGACCGUGGAUGAUUUGGAAUUGGCACUCUCGCAUGGAUUGAUGCAGCACGAGAAGAUGCUGGCCGGGGUUCGAAAAUUGAUCUCCUUGUUACACCAGGCACAAGAAGCCUUGGGGCGACGGUUCAAUGAACAGUUGACAUUUCAACAGACCGAAGUGAGUCCAUUGGUUGUAGACAUGGACUUGCAGCACUUUGCCGCCCAAGUGGUAUUUUGGAGCCGCGAGGUGUACACCUCUCUGGCUCAGGAACUGUUUCGAAAGCAACUGGUGAUACAGACGCUGUUGGAUUCUUCUAUGCAUGAUGGUUUGUUUCAUCUUCAUGACGGUGACGACCUGCGAGACAACGACGAUUCGACGCCCCUCAAGGUAGCGGAGAAGUGCCACAGCGAGUGGGUUCGAGGAGGACAGUCGGAAGAAGAACAACAGUAUUUUGCAUCGCUUCUGAAUGCUACCCCCUGGGAGGAUGUUGAACAGAGCGACUAG